UGUCCUGUUGCUGCAUGAGUAUUUUCCUGCUCUAUUAAACUGGCUCAAAUGAAGAUCCUAUAUCUGUACCUGUACAAUAUUUUUAAUGAUUGCCUUUACAGAGUCCUGUGUUUGGAGAGGGUUGUAGAAGUAAUGAUCCCACAUCACCAGACUGUCACUAUAACAUCACUGUUUUACGCAAGACUAAAGAUCCAAACCAACUGUUCCUGUGUGGAACCAAUGGACAACAACACACAUUGUGCUGUUACAUGAACCCAUCAGACGACCCGUCUAUCUGCACUCCAUCCAAGGGCAUCCAAGACAUUGGUCAACACAUAAAUGAAAGAGAGCCGUCGCUCCUCAUUGUUUCUUCUGAGGUAGAGGAGUUCUACACCACUCACUCAGGCACAGAGGGUUCCGUGGGGAUCAACAGGUUUGGGAAGAACAUGAUAUGGACAAAGAGUGGAACAGAACAGAGAUAUGUGAGUUUGGUGGCUAGCGGGCAGAGAGAGGAUCGUCUGCAGGACAGACUAUAUGCUUUCUACAUAGAGAAGAUCCAAGACCCGAGUUUGGACUCUGAUCUCUGGGUUCCCCGGGUUGCUCAAGUCUGCAUGGCUGAUAUUGGAGGACCUAAGGGCUAUCUGCAGUUCACGUGGACCUCCAAGCUGAGUGCCAGGCUCUUCUGUGGAGAACAUGGCAGCAGGCUGUCCUUCACCCAGCUAGUGGACGUGAACACUGUUCUGGCAGAAAGGUGGCAGGAUACCAGGGUCUAUGCACUCUUCAGGAAUGGCUGGGGUAUGAGUGCUGUAUGUGUCUACACCAUAGCAGAUAUUGACCGCAUCUUUAAAACCUCCAACUUCAAGGGACACACGGGGUCCGUUCCAAGCCCACGACCUGGGGAGUGUGUUAAAGACAGUACUAAACUCCCCACGGAAGUCCUGAAGAUGGUGGACGAGUUUUCAGAGAUGGAGGAGUGGGUCACCAGUGGGCCUCUCCUGGUCACUCACCAGUAUUACCACCACAUCUGUGUGGACAGCGUCCAAGGCAAAGGGAAUGUCCUGUUUCUGUCUUUAGAGAAUGGAGGGAUUCAUAAGAUUCUGGAGAGGAAUGGUCAGGUCUUCGUCAUCGCUGAGUUACAACCUUUUAACUACAUAGCACACAUCCUCAGUAUGAUGUUGCACUCCUCCACGGGGAAGCUGUAUCUGGGCUCCAGCAGAGAGCUGGUUCAGAUUGACCUGGACAGUUGUGAGCAGUAUGGAGCCCAGUGUGAAGACUGUGUCCUGGCCAGAGACCCUUACUGCGGCUGGGACGGCAAUCACUGCACCACAGCUACAAAUAAGACAAUUCAGGAUGUGGAGAACGGGAACCAUCAGGUAUGCAGCAACAUAUCCAGAGGAGUUACUGCAAGUAAAGAUGGAAUCAGAAUUCCUCUAUCUUCAAAGUACUUCCUCAAUUGCCCAACCUUUUCCAGCCACGCUGAGUACAGCUGGAGGCACCAUGGCAACACCACAACAACACCGUGCAUCUGCACAGGGUCAGAGCACCAGUGUCUCCUGCUAAUAGAGAGCAUGGGCCCUGAGCAGCAGGGGACAUACAGCUGUGUGUCUGAGGAGAGGGGCUACCACAGGACCCUGGUGCAAUACCAGUUACAGCUAGACAGUGGGGCCACAGGCCUGGCCUCUCCCCGCUUCGGUUGUCUGGGUCUGGUACUAACACUGGUCCUGACUUUGCUCUGCUAGAAUCAGCUCUGUGGGUUCUCACCCCAGCCCUAUGACCGAGCGGACUUGACUUGCACAUGUCUGCACUUGCACUUUGGUCUUCCUUACACCCACGCUACCUCAAGAAUAGUUCAUGACAGUCAACAGUCAAGUGACCGAGCCAUUUCCUUUGUUACUUUCACAAUCAACUGGUCAAAAAACAGAACGCUGUAGAAGUUGAAGGAACUGCACUUGUGCUGAGUUAAGGAUUUAUCUGGAGGAAUUGGCCUUUAUGUAUUUUAUAAUCAUGCUCUGUUUUCCAAUAUGGAACUUUGCAGAUGUUUGAAAUAUUUUAUGUGACAAUCUGAAUGUAUAGUAUAUUGCAAAAACACUUACGUUUUUAGAAAUAUAUACAUUUUUUCUUAACUUUUAAGUUUCAUGCUAACAGCAUGAUAGUUGUAAAUAUAUACAGUACCAGUUACAAGUUUGGACAUUGCAGGGUUUUUAUUUAUUUGUACUAUUUUCUACAUUGU